UGCACGCGAUGAUGCUGCUCCGCUGGACGAGCGAGUGGUCUCAAGUGCAAAUAUGGUCUGGAAGAAUACAAACUUGUGAUGCGCAUUUCAGAAGACAGAAAAAUCUCUCGUCAUGCAUAGGCAGCAAAAGUUGCCCACUUUCUGUCACCAAAAUCAGGGACGUGUCAUGCGGAUUCGGCAUUGCGAACGCUUCUCUUCAAGACCUGUGAUGCUAGAGCUUCCAUGCCAGACCUUCUGUGUCAUGCAAAAACAGCAUGACUCUUCGUUCCAGACCCAGACAUUUUUGCAUUUGAUAAGUCGGGGGCGUAUGCAAUUUUCAAGCUGAUCUUCAUGUCGGUUUUGAUUCAACUUUUUUUCAACGCAAUCCGGCCGGACACGGACAUUACGGACUUCUCCGAACUUUUGACCGGCCAAAUGGUCAACAUUCUGUUCUGCUUUUUCGGCGGCAUCAUCUGGGCGAUCCUAAUGCUGAUGGCCGGCUACCUGAAGAUCGUCGGUCAAUUGAGCGAGGAGCGCAGCGACGGGUUAGUGCGGCACCUGCACAUGCACGGCAUGGGACCGAUGGCCUAUCACGUGGGGAAUUUCUGCAGCUAUCUCCUGCUUCCCUGCUUGAUUAUGUUCCUCAACAUCUUUAUCGGCAUGAGUCUCAACGUGCCCCCCUACAACAUCACAACCCCUGGUGGUGCGGGCACCGCGUUAUUCUUCGUGCUUUUCCUCGCGGCCAUGAAUACCUGUUUGUAUGAGAUUCUCAAAUGUUACAUUCUCAACUGUUACAUAAAUUUCUCAUGCAAAAGCACCAUCAUCAUCCUCGCGAGCAAGCUGCUCCCGCGUGACAAAUUUGCGAAGGGCUAGCCCGCACCUAAAUCUGUGCGGAAUUUGUAAUGCUACAGGCGCAACCUUCCCCCUUCCCCUUUUCCAAUUCUUGCAUCACAAGUUUUAUGUGCUAACAGUUGAGAAUGUAACAGUUGAGAACGCCAUAGUUUGAUCGCCCAGGUUGUCGCACUGUUCGACGCGAAGUUUCUGCAAGGGACCUACUAUCAAGUGCAAAAAUGUCUGGGUCUGCAAGAGCCAAACUUGUGAUGCUGCAUUUGGAUGCUAAAAAAAGCUGUAUUGCAUGAGCAGCAGGAGGAGUCAAAUUUGGCUACGCGUAGAGGGCAUUUUUCAUGCAGGAUGUGCAUCGAUAGGCUCUCAAAAAAUCUGUGAUGCCAUGGCAUACAUCACAGACAUCAUGGAAAAUGUGCAUGACAAACUUCUCCUCUUCCAGACCCAGACAUUUUUACAUUUGAUACCCACCUAGUUUUGUUGAUCCUCACACCGCUAAUCAAACUCGCCUUGGAAAUUGUCAACAUGGUGGGGGGUGAAAGCAGCUUGGGCCUGGUCGUGUUACCGGUGGACGGGUCGGGGUCCGGCACGGUCCUCUGGAACGUGCUGCUGGGAUUUUUCUUCCCUAACAUUGCCAUGAACAACGCCAUUAGUCACAUCUACCUGUUGCACAACACCGCCGCGCUGGCCGGGUGGACUAUGCCCGCAGAGUGCACCGGCGCUGGGGACAUAAAAUUUGUGCUGCAGAGUCUGGUUUCCACCUCGCGAAAUAAGAGGAGCAGCGGCGCCUACACGCCAAAUACGCCAAAGAAAGGCAAGAAAAAAUCCACUUCUAGUAGUGCUUCGUCGUUUAUUUUGGAAGACAGAGACGAGCAGGACGAGGGAGGCAAUGUUGGAAAUGGUUCAUCUAUUUUUGUAGACAAACUUUCCUACUCGACGGGUAUAGAUGAUGGUGAAGAGGACGGCUAUGAAGAAGGUAAAAGACCCUCUAAUAUGUUCCCGAUGCCGUCAGUAUCGAGGUUUUUGGAGAUGUACGUAGCGAACCGAAGACAGGAGAAGCGACAAGAAGCAGCAGCAGGCAGGAGAACUACCACAGCAAAGAGAAUUAUAACGAGGACAUCAGCAAGAGACCACGAAACAAGGAUGUUAACUUCUAAGGACGACAGCGGCGUCACCUCACCAGAUGAACUUGUUGAAAAUUAUGAUGUGACAGCGGUACCCACGAAUAGCACCAGUACCAGUGCCACCCCGUCCCUGGACCCGUGCGACCCGAUCGAGCAGCUGACAAAAAAUACCCAGGCUGCGGGCUGGUACUUUUGGCCCACGCUGCAGAACCCGCACGCGAUUCGGCGCGCCGAGGCCGCGAUCGAGCGCUUGGCGAAGACGGGGAAAGUAUCCUAAGCAAACGCCUCCCCACCCCAUAGUCACGUUGGGAAUCUAGCAACACAAGUCUCCCUCUGCAGUAUAGGGCUGAUUGGCAAGAGAAGCCGCAUGAGAAAGCCAUUUUCACAUCCUGUUUACAGCAUUACAAAUUCCAAAGCAUAAUUAGAAACUCCUCUCAUGGAGCUGCGCAUUGCAAAUGUUCCUGUCAGUGCGCAUUUGCAUGACAGGGACGUUUUUACUCAGGAUAGAAGGGCUUGGCCGACGUUCUCGCUUUGUUUGGCGAGGACCGCAAGAAAGACCUUGCGAUGCUGAACGCCCUCGGCCUGGGCUUCAACUACAUUGACCAAUCCGUAGUCGGCAGGCUUCAUUUCGCCUACUUCUACGGGCUCGUUUACAGCGGAGUUCUGCAUUGGCUCCUGCUGUUCUUCUUCGAGCGCGUAAUCCGGCGGAACCGCAUGACCAAGUAUGCAUUGCAAAAGUAUCGUACUCGUAUAAAUGCAUUACAAAUUUCCUCAGCAUGAGAAAUAAAAUACGCAAUGCGGAUUUAGCUUCAGAAAAAAACUUGUAAUGCAUGAUUGCAAUUACUACGAGUGCGAUACUUUUGCACAGGAUACCAAGCAGGUCGAGGCCAUUGCCCUCGAGGAACUGCCGCCGCCCGAGGAGGCCCACCUUCGGGACCCCGACGUUGUGGCGGAGGAGCAGCGGCCCCGCCAGCCAGUACUGGAACUAGACGGCUCAUCUGGACAAGGACCAAAAACCGGCCUGGAGAUCUACCGUACGUUCUCGUCCGCCAUGCUGCAUCCCGGAGAAAGCAUUUCCAGUGGAGCGGCAGAACCACAACUCGCAGUCGGGCUCGGCGCGGUUGUUGAAAAUAAAGGCAAGGCACCACCCGCGUCGACCGCCAUUGCCGACGGUGCGGCCGUAUCGUGUGCGAAAACAUUUACCAACCCAUUGUGCGAAAAACCACUAUGUGAUUGCCAUGUGUUUUUUCCUAGAAAUUUUCUAGGCGGGUACAACGCGAGGAACAAAAAACAAAAGCGCUCGCAGGGUAAGUACGUAGACUACAUUUCCGAAUUUUCGGCCCCGCUCGCUCAGCAGCCGGCUCGCGCCCUCACUGUGCGCAACUACCCGAUCCCUGGCGCAAUGUCGGUGCAUUUUUCUGCGCAGCCAGCGUCGAAGAGGUGGGCCGCUUUCGAUAUACAAUCAAGCUCAAGCAACUGACUGUGGUAGUUGUGUGAUCUAGAUUAAUAAAAACAAAAUUUUGAAAAUUCGCGGAUUUCAACUUGAAAAUCUGAUCCAGUCAGCCUCAGCACCCGCUCUCCAGCAUCGCUGAGCCUCGGGCGGGACGACCGACACGUUUCGUCCGUCAUUUUUCGCUUCGACGUCGGCUAUUUAUCGUUCCACCUUGCAUUAAAAAUAAAUUUUUGAAAUUUCGCGAAUUUUCAACUUCAAUAAAAAUAAAAUUUUAAAAUUUCGUGGUUGGUGAGUUGUUGCGGUUGUCUUAAAUAAACCCAUGUCGAGUCACGCCUCAAUCUGGCUCCUGUUUCGUUUCCUGCAGCCGCUUCACUUGAGUGAUUUUUCCAUGAUAAUUAUCCGUCCAUAAAAAUAAAAUUUUGAAAUUUCGCGGAAAUGUACUGGCGCAUAUCUGUGUUUGCGCGGAAGCGACAGCGAGCGGAUCCACCGCCCCAUCCCGGGUUGUCGGUGUGGUGUGGUGUUGGUGGCUAGCAGGCCUGGGUGGAUCCAGUGCCCCGGCCCGGAGCGUUGGGUGUGGCAGUUGGGUAUUUAUGGGUCGGAUUCACCAGUGUCUCGGCUGGAAGCGUGCGGUCGUUGCGGAUGGCCAGCAAAGAAAUCUGGAUGGCUCCACCCCUCCCCUUCCGGUGCAAUGGGGGUGGCCAGAAGGUCUUCGCGGGUGGGGCCGAAGAUAGGCGCCGUCUCCCAGCGCGCCUGUCUGUGAACUGACUGACUCUGUGUGUGAGUCGGCGAGUGCUCCUGUGAGAAGCAUCACUCCGCUGAGGGUCGCUGAUAUCUGACCGACCGCCCGUGUGGGCGGCCCGCCCGCCGGACCGACGGAGCCGGGCGGGCGUCUUGCAUUGGCAAGCAGUUGGCCCAGCAAAUUUUGCGCGAAACCGAAACGCCGCGAGCGUGAGCGUUUCGCCGCUCUUGGGCAAUAAUUAUUAGCUUCAUUUUUGCUUCCUGCGUUUGGGUCGGGACUGCAUUGUCGCUUUCGAUGCACGGCCGCCCGGGGGGAUCGGAUCCGGUCUUCCGCCGGUCAGAAGGACCAACCAGGAAAACAAGCUGAAAAUGAUGGCCUCGGAGUAGUAACCGACGGCAACACCACCGGUGACAACAAAGAUCAUGCAGCUGCUGGAACUACAGAUACAGCUAUCUCAGCCGACAAACUGGUGACGAAUUUCCAGAUCAAGAGUCUGGGAGAAGCUGCAGGCAACGACCGGGUCGCAGACCACCUGUUGGCCGCCGAGUUCGCCAUUGACCUCCGCGGCGUGCGCAAGAGGUUCAUGGUCGAGGGAGGCAAGAAGCCCAUGUGGGCCACCAAGGGGGUCACGCUGGGGAUCCCGGCGGGCGAGUGCUUCGGGCUGCUCGGCCCCAACGGCGCGGGCAAAACCACGUUGUUCAACAUGAUGAGCGGCAACGACGACGUUGGGCCGCCGACCACGGGAAAAAUCCUGGUCUUCCGGCGGGACGCGGCCUAUCCUGAGUAAAAACGUCCCCACACCAGAGUCUAGAUGGGGAAUCGGCUAGACAAGUCCACAAGUUUUUGCUGUUUUGCAUGACAAAUUUGGACUCGCAGCGUAGUGCUGUUUGAGGUAGUUCUGCAGCAUCACAGAUCUAGUAAAAAAUGCUGAUUGGAGCAUUACAAAUUCCAAAACACGACUAGAAAAUGCCUCUCAUGGGGCUCCGCAUGACAAACAUUCUACGCAUGCAGAUUUGCAUGACAACUCUGGGGUGGUCGCAUUUUGUUUUGCAUGACAACUCUGGGGUGGGUACGUUUUUACUCAGGAUACGGCCGCCGACGCGUUCACCUUUGCGCGCACGCUCACCGGGAUCGUAUGAGAGUUGUGCACAACCCCCCCUCGUCCCCUCAUUUGUCAUGCAAAAUACCAAGUCCACAUCGUACCUGUAGUAGGGAGUGUCUGCAUGCCAAAUAAUUUUGGAAUCUCAAGCAGUACUGCACUCCCUGUGCAGAUUUGUCACGCGGAAGCCACAUGGCUGCCGUUGCUUGUGUUGCUGUUCUUGCAAGAAUACAGACGAGGGAGAGGUGGACCACUUGUGCGCUGUCAUAGAUCGCGCCGCAGUUCGACAAACUGUGGCCCCGCGUGUCGGCGAGGACGCACUUGAGGUUUUACAGUCGCAUCUCCGGAAUGUACGAUCCCCCUACUGCGGCGGACGAGGAAGCGCGGCAGCAGCGGCGCAAGGCGUUCCUCAGCUUGGAGAUGAGCAAAAAGCCCUCAAAGAAUAAGAAACGGGUGAAAACGCGGAAACGCAUGCAGGACGUGCUCGCCGCGUCGGCAAGGGAAGAAGGAAAUCAAACUGUGCUGCUGGGAAGGGAUAAGGAACUACAACCGGGAGGUGGAGAUCCUCCUGGAGGUUCGUCCGCCUUCGCUAGUACAACUUCUAGCAAGAGAAUCGGCCUCGCCGCGUCCUCCGAGCAAACCACGAAAGCAGCAAAGCGGGAGAGGGUGUUGGCAAGCGUCGAGAAGAAAAAGAAUCAGCAAGACAACGUCGCAGACAAAAGUGUCAAGUUUUAUAACGGUGCAUCGGCCUCUCCGCCCGGAAAAGAAGAUGACCUAUCGACGUCAGAAGACAGCGCGGAGACAGCCACCUCUUCGGAAGAGGAAGAUGAAGGUUCAUUUGAUGCCACCACCAGUAACAUGGAGAGCAACUUAGGCACGAGUGCAACAGGAGCAGCAUCUUCGUCCUACUUCUCUUUCUCUAGCACAAAAAAAGACCAACAAACAAAAAGUAGUAAAAACCCGCCCGCCGACUUUGGGGAGGCUCGCAUCGAAAGAUUUCUUCGAGAUGUGUCGCUGUCUCCGGAAGAUGCCGACCGAGCAAGUGGCGAGUACUCCGGGGGGAUGAAGCGCAAGCUUUCCGUGGCGCUCACUCUGAUCACCGACCCGCACGUCGUGUUUCUCGACGAGAUGUCGGCCGGGGUGGACAUAGUGGCUAUGGCGUUCUCAACUGUUACAUUCUCAAGUGUUACAACAUGAAUUUGUGAUGCAAGAAUGGGAAAAGUGAAAGGAGGAAGAUAGCGCCUUUUGCAAUACAAAUUUUGCGCAGAUUUUGGUGCUGUUUAGCCCUUCGCAAAUUUGUCAUGCGAAGCAGCUUGAUCUUGUGGAUGCUCACGGUAUUUUUGCAUGACAAAUUCAUGUAACAGUUGAGAUUGUAACGUUUGAGAACGCUAUAGUGGCCCAGCGCUCAUUGUGGAACAAACUGAUCAACCGGCCCCGGGGACAGUAUCAACUGCAAAUACGUCUGGGUCUGGAAGAGCGGAACUUGUCAUGCGAAUUGCGGAUCGUACAAACAUUUGUGUUGCAUGUUGACUGGCAAGAACAGUUGCUCACUUCUGGCCGUGGCCAUGCUGAGAGGGUAUUAAUUUCUCAUGCAGAGUACGCAUCUUCACGAAGGGACUUCCGAACCUGUGAAGAUGCUAGGGCCCGCAUUCCAGAUUUGAGGGAGCUAGGAAAAACUGCAUGACAAAUCUUGCAUUCUCCCAGACCCAGACAUGUUUAUUUCAUUUGAUAGACAGACCGUCAUCACGACGACCCAUUCGAUGAUGGAAGCCGACGCAACCUGCGACCGCGUGGGGAUCCUGGUUGCGGGCCGGCUGCAGUGUUUGGGCGAGACACUGCACAUCAAAAACCAGUACGGGAACGGGUACCACCUCGAACUGAAUAUCCACUUCGAUGCGAAAGUAUUUUAAAAGCCCCACAGUUGUUGUAGACGGUAUCUCCCCGCAGGCAUGACAGAUGUGUUUCUCUAGUACCUUCUCUGCAUGAUGCUGAAAUUGAAUUUCGUUUUAAUGCUGAGCAAUAAAUUUCUCAUACAAGAAAUACUGCAAGAGCAAGGACUCGCUCGGUUAUAGAAGUACUUUUGCAAUCCAUACUCAAUCUGAACCUGCAACCCACCGCCGAGGAGCGGGCCGUGGCGGAGUUUGUACGCAGCGGUCGGGUACUCUCCGCGAAGGACCAGGAAACGCUGCUCGCCUACCCUGCGUCGGCGAUGCAGAUGCCCUCGAUGCGAGACUUGAGGCGGGCCGGCGGUGCGGGUGGCCAUCAAAAGCACAGAGACCUCCAAUCUAGUACACCUAGAACAAAAUUCGCUGAGACGUCAACGUCAUCUUCGCAAAAAAGAAGCUCGGAAAAUUACAAACGGUCAGUUGCGGACGACGUGGCUCUUGGACCAAAUAUCCCUGAAAGAAGUACCCGGAGUCACAUUCUUUCCUUGCUAGGCCGGGAAGACGAGGAUAGAGAAGAACUCGGAAUUGCAAAAGACGCGACGUCCAACGAAGAAAACAAAAUAAAUCUCGCUUUGAUAUUACCCGCCCCCAGGAGAGGAUCAAUAUCAACUUCAAGUCCUGGACGACCUGGAGCUGUAUCUACUUCGCACCUUCAGCCUCCAACGCUGACGCAGCAAAUCCGUGCGUCCCUGAACAGAGACAUCGAAGUGAAAAGUAGGUAUCAAAUGCAAAAAUGUCUGGGUCUGGAAGCUUCUGAUGCUAGUUUGUGAAUGGUGGGCGCAUUACAAUAUGCAGCCACGCAUGACAAGUUUGGGAGCUCCUGUGUGUUUCGCUUUCCGCAUGACAAGUUGCAUAUAUGCAUGACAGAGGACAGCCUUUUACUUUUUUCCUGCUCAUGCAUUACAGAUUUAAGAGUCAUGUGAGCCAAGCAUGACAAACUUGCAUUCUUCCAGACCCACACAUAUUUGCAUUCCAUAGUAGGCAGCAGGGAACUACCACAAGCCGCGAACAAGAUGAAUUUCUCCGGGUCUCGCGGCCCGAGGACGCGCAGGCUAGGAAGGAAGUUGCCGCGCUGGAAGCCAUUGUACAAGGCGAACAAGGAGAGCUAAAGCAUCUUCAUCCGGAGAGACAGGAGAUAAGCUCUGCGGGCGCAGCUGCUGCGACCAUGAUGUCGUUGUUCAGGGAUUCAGCCUCUCAGGAUGACGAGUAUCAUGUUGGUCAAGAACAAGCAAUAAACCACAGUGAAGAAGUAGGUGGACGAGCAAUACAGCAGCUCGUAUCUGUAGAUCAUCUACCAGAAGACAAUUACGGCGAGGGAAGCAGCAAUAGCGAAAGCAAAAGGGGCCACGAGGACCUGCAUCAGAGAACGCGAAAAGUAAACUCAGGGUCAGGGACCAAGAAAACCACCCGUCAGGUCGUUGGGCCAGAGGGUGAAAGAUUCCAGUCAGAACUUCAUCUAGAUGAGGGCGAGGAAGAGGGAGAAGAAGAUCGGAGUUUGGACCCGUUCUUCCCGGCGGACAAAAGUGAAAUAGUGCCUCCUAGAAGUACUUUAUCGUUUAUUGACACAUCCAUUACCGGAGGUAGAGGAACUUCGAGCACACGAAAUCUCGCUAGUAGACAACCACGACGAGGACCCAACAAAGACAGGCGGGAGCAAAAACAUUUCAGCACCGUCCUCGGCCCCCACGGGUUUCCCAUGCUCGUAGCGCACCCGGAACCCACCUCGCGCGAGGUGCUGCGUGCCCACUCAACGGUCGACAUGUACGAGAUGAGUGGUGCGCAACUCCCUUCCUCAUUUGUCAUGCAAAAGUGCCAGAUCCCGUCUCAGGCUCAGCCUUUUGGCUACUUACGUUUCCAUGGCAAGUUAUCUGGAAGCCCAAUCUGCACUUUGUUCCGGGACCGGGUCUAGGUCGUUUGUCAUGGUGCAAGCACUGCAUAAUUUUUCAGAUGCUUUCCGUUCUUGCCUGUACAGAUGCACUACAAAUGACGGGAAAGUGGGGGAGUUGUGCACUCUCAUAACAUGAUGCCACGGGGUAGUAAAAGUAGUACUAGUAGCGAGGUGGAGGUGGGCGAGGGUAGAAGUCCUCGCCUUACGAUGCUGAAUUUUUCGCACCACCGCCAGCCGCGAGACCUACAACAAGUAAACGCGAGCGACGUCGGGGCAGGAAGUGGAAGAAAUGAAAUCGAAAUGAUAAGACGACCACAAGGAGACCACGAGAAGAUGAACGAUGAGGACACAGAAGUGGCUCUGUCCCUCCACGCAUCUUCUUCUAUUGCUUCUUCGGAGGACUCCGAAUCUUCUGAUGGAUUGACCGCGGCGCACGACGUCUCUCGCCAUCUGCUGUAUUACAACGAGCCAACCAAUUAUCAAACGAAAAAAGCUUGUCACGAUCACUUAUAUGAGUUCUUUAUUUUGCAAUAAAAAAGAGAAGGGUACGCUGUGGGCCCUAAAAAACAACCCGCUCCGCUCCUGUAGCCUCAAAAACCAGCGCGGCCGCCGGAGAGUACUCCCAUGGUGAUUGGCCUUGUAAAUGUCACGCGAUUUGCCUCUUGUGGCGACGCAGUCCGCUCGUGAUUGUGUUUGCUUUGGCUAAGCGUUUCAAAACAACACAAAAACGAGCGAAGUGGCAGAGUCCCGUGCUGUUUGCCGCCGGAUUUGGAAGCGCGGCAAACCGGCGCACAUUUCCCGCGGAAUUUGCCUCGCGGAUUUUCUGGCCCAAUUUGGUCCGGCUCGGAGGGCCUUCCCCCGAUGCUACGGCCUCGAUUUCGGGAGAGGAUCCCCCAGAGGAUUCCGGAGAGGAUUCCAAAAUCCUCUUCGGAAUCCUCUGGCCCAAGUUGAACCGUCUUUCGCGCCCUUUCCCCGAUGCUACGGCCUCGAUUUCGGGAGAGGAUUCCACAGAGGAUUCCGCAGAGGAUUCCAAAAUCCUUCCCGGAAUCCUCUGGCCCAGGUUGCGCCGUCUUUCGCGCCCUUUCCCCGAUGCUACGGCCUCGAUUUCGGGAGAGGAUUCCCCAGAGGAUUCCGCAGAGGAUUCCAAAAUCCUCUCCGGAAUCCUCUGGCCCAAGUUGAACCGUCUUUCGCGCCCUUUCCCCGAUGCUACGGCCUCGAUUUCGGGAGAGGAUUCCCCAGAGGAUUCCGCAGAGGAUUCCAAAAUCCUCUCCGGAAUCCUCUGGCCCAAGUUGAACCGUCUUUCGCGCCCUUUCCCCGAUGCUACGGCCUCGAUUUCGGGAGAGGAUUCCACAGAGGAUUCCGCAGAGGAUUCCAAAAUCCUCUCCGGAAUCCCCUGGCCCAGGUUGAGCCGUCUUCCGCGCCCUUUCCCCGAUGCUAUGGCCUCGAUUUCGGGAGGGGAUUCCCCAGAGGAUUCCGGAGAGGAUUCCAAAAUCCUCUCCGGAAUCCUCUGGCCCAAGUUGAACCGUCUCGCGCCCUUUCCCCGGUGCUACGGCCUCGAUUUCGGGAGAGGAUUCCACAGAGGAUUCCGCAGAGGAUUCCAAAAUCCUCUCCGGAAUCCUCUGGCCCAGGUUGCGCCGUCUUUCGCGCCCUUUCCCCGAUGCUAAGGCCUCGACUUCGGGAGAGGAUUCCGCCAAGGAUUCCGGAGGGGAUUCCAAAAUCCUCUCCGGAAUCCUCUGGCCCGCGUUGAGCCGUCUUUCGCGCCCUUUGUUUCCCCGAUGCUACGGCCUCGAUUUCGGGAGAGGAUUCCACAGAGGAUUCCGCAGAGGCUUCCAAAAUCCUCUCCGGAAUCCUCUGACCGGAUUCGCGCCGUCCUUCGCGGUCUUUCCCCGGCGGUACAGCGUCGAUUUCGGGAGGGGAUUCCGGAGAGGAUUCCUCCGGAGACUCCAAAAUCCUCUCCGGAAUCCCCUGGCCCAAUUUGUGUCGUCUUUCGUGCCCUUUCCCCCGUGGUACGCACUACCUCAGCCGGGCGGAUUUCCCCGGGAACAGGGCGGGCCCCCCGAUGCGAGGGCGGAUCCCCCGGGGAGCGGGCGGACCCCCGGAGAACGGGCGGACCCCCCGGAGAGCGGGCGGACCCCCCGGGGAACGGGUGGAUCCCCGGGGGUGAGGGCGGAUCCCCCGGGCGAAGGCGGAUCCCCGGGGCGAAGGCGGAUCCCCGCAAAGAGGGCGGAUCCCCCGGGUGAGGGCGGACCCCCGGGGAACGGGCGGAUCCCCCGGGGGACGGGCGGAUCCCCCGGGCGAGGGUGGAUCCCCCGGGCGAAGGCGGAUCCCCGGGGCAAGGGCGGAUCCCCGGGAUGAGGGUGGAUCCCCCGGGUGAGGGCGGAUCCCCGGGGAACGGGCGGCACCCCCGGGGGACGGGCGGAUCCCCCGGGCGAGGGAGGAUCCCCCGGGCGAAGGCGGAUCCCCGGGGCGAAGGCGGGUCCCCGGGAUGAGGGUGGAUCCCCCGGGUGAGGGCGGAUCCCCCGGGUGAGGGCGGAUCCCCCGGGGAGCGGGCAAUCUGUUUCACGGGCGAUAUACGUGAUUCCCGGUAUUUAAUUUCCCGGAAAAUCACAAGCGUCCUUCGUGCUGCCGUCGUGUUUCGCGUUUUAGGUCUCAGAGCGUGCCGGUCUCUAAAAAAUUGUCAGCCACGCGUAAAAAUGCCUGACGGAAGUCAAUUUAUACGGGGCGAGUGCCUUAAUAUGUGUUCGUGCAAUGCAAGAAAACUCUGGAAAAUUUCUCAUGCAAAGCUAUGCAAAAUAGAUAGAGAUGAGAAGUUAUUGCGCCGAACUUUUUUCUUUCCAUACCAACGAGCCAGGCAACGUCGGCCGGACGGUUCAACAUGAACAUAUCGGCGAGAGCACAACCACCCCGCGACCGCCUGCGGCUUUUAACAGAACGCCAGGUGAUGUGCCAGUGGCCGUAGACGAAGUAGGUGGGUCUGCACAGAGACGACGACGAUCCGCACCGGCGAACGAUGACAUGGCCGCUUCUGCUGAAUCUGUAACAACGUCUACUUCCGUGAAGAACAAUAACAAAACAGUGGCGCAUCAUCAAAUGAUGCAGAGCAGCAUCUUGAAAGAUAUCGAAAAACACGAAAUAAAUAUAAAUCAGGACGAGGAACAAAAAGACGAGACGUUCAUAGGCCGAAGAUCGUCAACAGGUCGGUCCCUGCUAUCUAGGCUCCAGAUCACGGGUGACCGCAUAGAAGAAGAAGGCGUAACACCACCAUUCCUCGAGCAAGCGAGCGCAGGCACACGGACCACAGGGCGGGAGCAAGUUGUACGAUCUUCUGGUCAACAAGUAGGACAUGGCGAAACUACACGAGAGGACGUGACGAUGGAGAAUGUGCAGCAAAAGAUCAUCCAGAGCCUGAUCACAGCGCAAGUGAUCCCGAACGACGAAGAUACUCCCUGAAAAUUUUUUGCCAUCCAGAUCCAAUUGGUCAUGCCAAACAUGUAGCAGGUUCUGUUUUCGUCAUGCAAAAAGUGGAUGGCAAUGCAUGGGAUCAUGGUUGAAAUAAAUUUUCGGGGAAUACAGGACCUGCAGGUCCUCGAAGCCAUCCCGUUUGGCGUCCACAAGAUGCGGCUUGUGCUGGGAUUCUCCAAACCGAACGAUCGGGACAAUUCCGAGGCCUCUCUACUGCGCGAGGACUACAGUAGGAUAACCUCUGCGAGCAUGGCCAUUGGAGGGUCCACUAUUGUUGCGGGAGUCCCCGCCGGCCUGCCGGAAAGAAGUACAACUACUACUAGUGGCACGACCGGUGAUGUAGCUGUUGAGAGUGGCAGAAAUUAUAACACCGUACGCGACCGCGAGCAGCGGUCAAGUACUUUUCUCGCCGCGCCGGAAAGUGGAUCUCUGUCCUCUGUGGGCGGAAGUAAAAGAAGUCCUCUUCCAAGUGGAGCGGGAGGUCGCUCGGGAAGUAGUGAGGAGCAAAAAGGCGGCACUAGUGCAGCGCCCCACCAGGAUGAAUUCCUUGAGUCCGAACAAGUUGUAAUACCUCCGCGUGGAGGCCCCUCCUCCUCGGGCUCGGGCACCACGACCCGUGGAAUAUGACAGUGCACAACUCCCCCUCCCCCUCAUUUGUAUAGCAUGAACGGCAAUACAAGGGUCAGCAAGAAUGCCGGUUUGCAUGACAAAUUUGCACUGGAGUGUAGUGCUGUUUGGGCUUCCGGAGCUUGUCAUGCAAACAGUGCCAAGUAGGAGCACAGUUUCUUUGGAUUUGGUAUUUUGCAUGACAAAUGAGGGGGAGGGGGAGUUGUGCACUCUCAUAUGGCAGCAGCCGGAGGGACAAGAACAAGGUUAAGCUCGCGAGCUUAUAUGAGAGUGCACAACUACUCCCCCUCGUUCUCAACAUUUCUCAUGCAGAAUACCAAAUCCACGCUCUCCCUCUUGUCACUAUUAUGCAUGACAAGUUCGGGCAGCCCAAAUAGCACUACACUCCAGUGCAAACUUGUCAUGCAAAACCGGCAUUCUUGCUGAUGCUUGUAUUGCCGUUCAUGCUAUACUUACAAGUGAGGGGGAGGUGCAGUUGUGCACUCUCAUAGCUUAUUCCGGUGGUGUAUUGAGGACCCGCUACAGAUCAUUGAAGACUAUGCCCUCGGCGAGCCCACCAUGGAGCAAGUGUUUCUGAAAUUUGCGAAGGAACAAGAGAUCCUAGAGCAGCGCGAGCAGAAAAAUCUGGAGCAGCAACAAGCUGUAUCAAAUGUAAAAAUGUCUGGGUCUGGAAGAAUGCAACUUGUCAUGCUAAAUUUGGAUUUCAAAAAAAUCUGUAUUGCAUGAGCAGCAAAGGGAGUGUAAUUUUUGAUAAGCGGAGGGGGCAUUUGUCAUGCGGAAUAGGCAUCGCGAAGCCUGCGCAGAAUCUGUGAUGCUAGGGCAUGCAUCACAGACAUCAUGGCCCAGGCAAAACAUGCAUGACAAGUCUCAGAAUCUUCCAGACCCAGACAUUUUUACAUUUGAUAAGCUGCAGGGAAGAGCAAAACUAAAGCCGGGGAAGAGGGGAAGGACGCUCGAGGAUAAUGAUGUACUUCAGCAGCACUAUCAUCUGUGCCGGCGGACCCGGACGACAAUAAAGUGAUAUUACAAAAAAUAAAAAAUCAUACGUAGUGAGGUUAUAUUGUUAACGUAAGCAAGAACAACAGCUUCCUUUCUUGUUAGAACUGGGUCCCACAAGAACCUACUAAUUGUGAAAUAUUCUACGCAAGAUGAACCGCACACAGGUCAUUACUCGCAAAUUACUCGCAGAGGUAUAUAAUCUUCGCAGGAUAAAAAUUAUACCCAUCUUUUUAGCUACUAGCUACUUCAACACGUCGUGUGUUUUUUUCAAUAAAUAGGAUCUCCCUAAAAAAAUGAAGUUAUGGCGUGCUUGACACAGGUUUACUACAACCUCCUCGCAACUCGCACUUGCACCGCAGCUGGAGGAGGAAAUGUAUUCUCCACCUAAACCUGCUAUGAACAACGGCUCGUGCUUGUAGUUGUGUGAACUAGGUACUAGAUGAACCUCCAUUGAGUUCGUCGGGACUCGCUGCUGGUGUUGCUUCUACCUCUAUUUGCUGUUCCGGACUCACUUGCUCGCCUGCUUC